CAUGACAUCAUACGUUUUUUGUGCGCAAGACCUUUUGUGCUAUAAAAACUAGACUGUUCAAAGGAAGAGACGAAAGAAUAAGCUGAAUACAAGGAUGAAGGAGUUGGAUUUAUCCUUGGGAGUAAAACAGGCACCAGGGACUAGAGUUCCCAGAGGCCUCAAAAAAUGAGGGAUAGACUACUAGCAGUCAGUUUGUAAACUCACACUUGAAAACUAUCUGAAAAAUGUCCAUGGCUUUAUGAGUGCUUUGGAACAGUAUGUAUUGUGAAAAGCGCUAUACAAAUACAUGUCAUUUAUUUUUGUACCUUAUUUGAUUCUGUCUGUAGCAUGUGACAUCAGUAAAUUCCUCUUAUCCUGCUUAGUCUCCUUCACCAUGGACAUCAACAUAAUGUCCAAUAUAUUUCCCUGCUGCUUUAUGAAAGUAGCUGAAUGCAAUAUCAUUAGGCUAUUGACUGUGAGCUUGCUUUAAUAUUCACAGAAGGCCAUUUGUUUGUCUUUUGCUAUUCAUUUCACAGGUUUAAUACCAGGCUCGCCCUGAUGAUAUGCAUUAAUAUAGAGCCGUCAGAAUAAAUCAUGUAAAUGUCCGUGCUGUCGCACUACCAGCCUGUACCUUUUUUUGUUAUGUGCUCGAAGCUAGGAUAAUCAUGUAAUGUGUUUUAUGCUAAUGUGCAGGCUUUUUACGGAACAAUCCAUUGAAGAAAUGUUGUUUACAAGCAUGUGGAAAAAGAAGAACCGAACAUAUUUUUCAUGUUUAAGAGAAAAAGGUGACCAAAUAAAUGAUGGGAAAAUCUGUCUCUGCCCUCAAGGGUCUUUUUUUGCCUCUCUCUCACCCCCCACUUUUUGCUCCCAUGACCAUGGACGUAUCCGGCCCCCGCUGUGCAUCCCCCACUGAGGGUCCCUGGCGUAGUUGUAGGACUAUCGGAGAGGUAUAAGAGGGGUGUAGAGGAAAAGCACCAGGCACUCUGUUAUGACCGAGAGUCAGGACGGAUCUCUUAAAGCCAGUUUUGGAACUGAUGGAGCAGCUUGGAUAUCACCUACACUAAAGUGUCUCUCCAGCUACUUAACCCACCAUUGAUGUAAAUGACUGUGUUUCAUGUGUUCAGCUCAGCACAUUAAGAUUCUAUGUCAAGGAGCUGUUGAAGGAGGCCUACAGUCAAUCCAGUUGCUGUUAUUCAAAAUCAACAAGCUCCUAAAUAAUAUGAGCAGAGAGACAUCUAGUGUUUGUUGGCUCCUUUAGCGACGCAGCUUUUUAGGCUGUGAAACUGAGGGCGUGUUUGACAGAUCUCCAAAAUGGACAACAUCACAGCCGAUGCUAACGUGGGACUCAAGCUCACAUGUAACAUGACCGGGCACCACGAUUUCAUCUUCACGUUCAUCCCAGUAGUCUACAGCUGCAACUUUAUCAUCGGAAUUGUAGGCAACAGCCUGGUAGUCGCUGUCAUCUACUUCUGUUUGAAGCUGAAGACAGUUGCAAACAUAUUUGUUUUGAACUUAGCUGUGUCAGACCUGACUUUCCUCCUCACCCUGCCCGUUUGGUCCAUCUACACUGCCACAGGCUACGAGUGGCUCUUUGGAGACUUCCUAUGUAAAGCCAUUGCUGGAAUGGCCCUCCUUAAUCUAUAUACUAGUAUUUUUCUCCUCACUGCUCUCAGCAUUGACCGGUAUCUGGCCAUCGUUCAUCCUGUCAAAUCCCGCCGGUGCCGUACGGUGGUGUAUGCCCGUGUGACCUGCGUCUUGGUUUGGGUAGUGGCUUUCCUUUUAAGCCUUCCCACAGCCGUCAUCCGUGGGAUCCAUUUUAUCCAGCAUAACAAUGUCACUGUAUGCGCCAUCCUAGAUGAAGAAGACCUUCGCAAUGUGCUGGCAGCUCUCAGUCUGAUGAAGAGUGUUCUUGGAUUCCUUCUUCCCAUCACCAUCAUCCUCACGUGCUACUGCCUGAUUGGCCGGUCUCUGCUCAAAGCACGAGACAUUCAGAGGAAUUCGAGAUCGAAUGGGGACGAGGUGUUGAGCAUGCUGGCCGCCGCCGUGCUGUCAUUUUUCCUUUGCUGGACACCACAUCAGAUCUUCAACUUCAUGAACAUGCUUGGUCUGCUGAAAGUGAUCACCAACUGCGAUGUCAUUGAGAUCAUUGACACCGUAAUGCCGUUCACCAUUUGUAUUGCCUUUUUCAACAGCUGUAUGAACCCAAUCCUGUACGGUUUUGUCGGGAAGAACUUUCGCAGGAACUUGCUGAAGCUCUUGAGGUGUUCCUCCACUUCUGUGGCGUCUCACCCCACCCUCAGUACCAAGAUGAGCUCUCUCUCGUAUCAAGCCUCGGAGUCAUUACAUCUCUCCGUCAAUAAAAUGUCCUCAAUACCUCAAGCCACAUGAGAAAAACAGAAAGUGAAUGAAUCUCCGAUGAAUCAUCUUUCUAAACUCACUGAUUCAAUUCAGAAGAUGACUCUUGCUUAUUGUAUUGUCACUUGAUACUGGAAUGGGAACAAAAUAUAGCGAUUCAUCUUUUUGUCUUUCAGGGUAUUGUGUGUUCAGUGUAAAUAUAGCCUACUGCAAACUAUUCAUUAUCAGCAUGCUGGUAUGUGUAAAUUUGAUCCAGCAACAUUAUAUAUAUAUAUAUAUUGUGUUAAGUUAACUUUUCACCUUCCUCGCCAAAGGACAAACUCAUGCUGAAAAUAAGAAAUAUAUUUUAUAUAAUAUUUCUAAUAUUUCACCCAUCUAAGCUGGUAAAGUGUCAUUUGUGCAAUUUAAAUGCUGUAUUUUCCACCAGUGUGAUAAAUGAAUGAACUCUUCAUCAAUCUACACAUUUUUUUGCAGCAGUAUUUUUACUCUGUUUUUAAUCUGAAAUCUGAAUCUCUGGGUUCCUGUGUCUCAUAGCUCCACUGAUUAGACCUGAUUAGGGGUUACAAGCAUUUUAUGCCACAUACCCCCAAAUAUGAUGAUCUCCUUCUGAGAGAGAGAUAUAAAAGGCAAUUCAUGGUUAUCUAUUUAUAAUUGAUAUAUAACUGAACAUUUUUUACACAUUAAUAAUAAGUUUUUAAAAACUGCAUUUUUUCUACACACAUGUGAUUUAUAUUAUUGACAGCAAUGGUUUUCUUAUUCGUUUAUUAAUUCUCUAUGACAGUCUCAUGAUUUCUGACCAGUCUUUAGAAAGCAAAAUGAAACACUAAAAGUGUCAAGUUCUGUAAUUUUAUUUAUUUAAAUGGAUUUAAUUGACCAGAGUCCCUGGACCCCAGAUUGAAAACCCCUGGAUUAGACUAUGGCAUGGGGUCUAACAAGAUGUAUGCAGUGCUAUCAUAUGGUCACCACUGUUUAGUCUUGUUAUGAAUUAUCAUCUGAUAAAUGUUUUAUAUUUCUUACACCACUGUUGUCAUUUAGCACUUCAAGCAGGCUCUAAUGGUUGGUAAAACUGUUUAUUCUUCUGAUAAAUUGUAUUUUGCAACAUGCUGUUCUAUAUAAUGUACUUGAGUCUGAAAAUGUGUUAAGUGGUAACUUUUAACAGGAAAGCAUAAAAUAAAUCUAUUAGAGUAUCCUCAACGUAAUCACUAAUGCAAGGAUUUUUAUUUUAUUUUUUAUUUUUUUUAUCACAAGAUGGCAUCAAAUGAAAAAGUAGAUGAGACAUAAUUCAUUGUUACUGCUAUGAGACAGAAGAGGAACUUACAACUGCAUUUGGACAUGAACUGAAAACUUUUAUUACUUUGAAUUACAUAUAUAAACGUA